CUUGCUGUCGCUGUGCUAAACCUCUGUAAACAAAUUAUAGUUGAAGUAUUAAUUUGCUCCAUUCGCUCCAUUACACACAGUUUUGCUAGUAAACUUUAUUACUGAAAUGAAAACAAUAAACAAAUUUGACAUAAAGUAGCGUGAGAGUGAGUGAUAGAUAAUCUUAACCAUGGGAAGGCUGAACAAAAAGCUAGUUCAAGUAAAAUCUAAACUCCUAAAAGAAAAGAAUGUUGAGCAUAAAAUUGUACCUGGACCAUUUCCAAUAUAUCGGUCAACACCGGUACAGUUGAAUGGACCGGAACCGGAGAGUUUUAAAAUUCCAACCGCAACUAAAGGCACUGGUCAGUUCCUAACCGAGGUAAAACAGUCACCACUAAAAACUAUUGAUAUAGAAGAUGACAAAUCGGAAAAGUGUAAGAAACUGCGAAAGUUGGCCAUUAGUCGCCUGAAUAAAAAGGAUAAGAAAAAAUUCCGUAAAGAGGAGCUCUUGAACAAAAUCAAACUCACCCAGGCAUCUUUCAAGGAGGAUAAAGAAAAAAAGAAACGAGAAAAAACGGUUGUUACUGGAGAUAUGCGACCGCUUUUGGAUGCUCUUCCAUCUUUGGAUUCGUUGAUAAAACUUAAAGCAACAAACACAAUCAAAACCGGAGUUCCAGAGUACGAACGAGGAUUCUCUAGAAAAAAUCGACGGGGCCGGUUCGAACCAGCAGCAAAACAACGAACACCUAAAAUUCAACAGUACAAUAGACUGAACCAGGUGUUGAAUUCAAAACAGUUUAAGAAAAAUCCCAAGAAAAUGAUUGCCGAGUAUAUACGAAACACAAGAAGAGAACAGCAACAGUUACUAUUUGAGAAUUUUUAAAUUAUGUUAUUCCAUGAUAAUAAAAAUGAUCUUUAUA